AUGUCUUAAUCUCCUAAAAAAGGAACUAAUUCUCCAACAAGGCAGGCAGAUUCACAAGGCUAGCCCACUAAAACUAAGACUAAUAUUGCUUAGGCUCUAGCUGGGAGUCUGCUGAGUAAAGUUGAGGGAGCAGGAAAGAGCUAGCAAGCUACUGAACGAAAGGAAAAGGAGUUGAAGGAGGAAGCUGAGGCAAAGAGGAAACGGGAUGCAGAGUUAAAUCAGGUAAAGAAUAAGCUGUACACCUACGUGAGCGAGAUAGUCAACAGACAAAACGAAGGUAAUGAAGUGCUUUCUUUUGAGUCAUUCCAAGUCGAGACAGCUGCGAGGAAAGUGCUGAAGGAACUGAUUGACUACUUUAUUCAGAGGGACGAGCAGUGGGACAAGAUCGUUAAUUAAGUGAAACUUACAACUGACAAGUACAAGGGCAAAGUUGAUGCCUUCGAAGUCAUUCUUAAAAAGGUGCAGUCUGUUCAAUUUGACACUGAGGGGUUGUUCAAAAGAAUGAGUAAAAUCGUAAGAAUAUAUAAAUUAAAUCUUAUGAUCUAUUAGGAAGGUUUGACUGAGUAGCAAACAGAUCAUGUAGACAAGCAAGUGGGCUAGGUGAAAGAGAUUAUCAAGACGAACAAGGAACACUUGGAGAGCAAGCUAGAAAUCAUCAAUAUCUACGAUUAGAGAUUUUCGAAGCUAGACAAAGAGAACUAGAGGCUAAGAGAAUUGAUCCACGUGAAUCGAGACAACUAAGCCUUGGAGAUAAAUGAAGAAAGGCAGAAGAUUGGCAGACUAGAAUCUUUUGUCAAUGGCCAACUUGACAAGCUGUCACAUAGAAUCGAGCAGAAUAAGUUCUUUAUAGGCUAAAAUAAGGAAAGCAUGCAGUCCUUGGAUUCGUAGGUGGCAACCUUCAAGACUUAGCUGCAGUUGAGCAUAGAGAAACUGGACUCAGAGAAUGAAAGAAGAAUGCUGACUGAAGAGUUCAAGAGGUCCAUGCGGUAGAUGAACGAGUUCUUGCUGGUCAAGUUCAGAGAGAUGGAUGAUAUUAGGAACUCAGUGAGGGACAAUGUCACCUAUAACAAGCUGUAUUCUCCAAUGAUGACUCAGAUGAUGAUCAACGACAAUGUAACGUUUAUGAUUAGGAAUCAGGAGUCAGACGUGUUUGACGAAGAGAAGUUCAUCUAGUUCUAGCAACAAAGACUGGAUAUACUCAUGCAAAACAUCGCCAUUGAAAAGAACAGAGCUGAAAGAAUGGGACUAGAUCCUUAGUCUAGAAAUUAUAGUGACCAAAUGAAUGAGAUAAUGAUAAAGUAUGCGAUACCAAGAGAAGAAAAAUAAUAGUUUGUUGGCAUUGAUCCUAAAAGCAAGCAAAGAAUUACUUUCUCUGGUUAGAGUGUGGAGUAGUUUAUGACAGAGCUUAUCAAAGCUUAGAUAGAUGAUGCUAGAAACAGGUUAAAUAAGCAAAAGCUGUUCUCAAGUGGCUACAUGAAUUCAGCAGAGUCUCUGAGACAAGCAACCAAUUUAGUAGAGAUUCAGGAGCUCAUAGAGCGAAUAGAGUCCAGAACUGAUCAGUAUAUCAAGAAAGCUAAGAAACAAUACGAGGAAAUACUCUAACAGAGGAAGGAAAGACUAGCUCAACAGCAGAAAAUGCUUAUGAUGCGCAAAAGACUGGAGGAGGCUAACACAUAAAAUGAGAUUAACAAAACGACAGCAAAGAGAACUAGAAGCUACAGAGCCAUCAAGCAAGAGGCCUUCUUUGACGUUAGGGACAAGGCUAGGAGAUAUAAAUCUAGAAUGAUCAAAUACAACAAAAAUAAUGUAGACCUUAACGGAGAGAAAAUAGAAAAUGGCAGUCAUGGAGAAGAAGCAGAGGAUAAACAUGAUAUAUUGUCAUAGGAGAAUCAGUACAAGGAUCCGUAGUAUUUUGAGCAAUACAUUAGAGACCAGGCAAAGACUAUGAGCAAAAUGAAGAUAGAUUUUAAGCAAUUUGUGGCAAGUCAAGAUGCUAAGUAUGAAGUCAAGCAAAAUGAUUCAAUUCUUGAAUCUCCCUAAGCAAAAUCCCCUAAUAUUAAUGCAUCUAUUCCGUUUGUUGAUGGAGCCGUCACAAGAUUUGAUAAUCAAGAUAUGAGAGUAAGAGAUUCUACAAAUGAUAUUAACAUGGAUAAGCAAUCAUUACAGUAGACUAACCAGAAUGUGUAGCAAACAGAUUCUGCAUCUAUCAUGAGACCUGACGCCUCAGUAAGAAUGCAAUACUUGGAUGUGGAAUAGACACAAUAGUAUAAAGAUAAACCAAGAAGGAAGACUCUAAAUAAUAAUCAGCAAUUUGAACUAAUGCCAGGACAGAUGAAUAAAUUGCAGAGAAAGAAGUUAGUGUAAGACCUAAAAGAGGAGAUACAAGCAAUUAUGGCCUCUUCUAUUGAACUCAAAGUCUCAGAGUACACCUCUACACUUCAAGCUCAGAUUAGAAAAGUCGAGACAAGCGUAGCCAAUUACGGAGAUAGAAUCAGUGAAAGAUUUGCUAAAGACCUUGAUGAUGUGAGAAUCAGAUUUAAGCAUGAUUUUGAGGAGGCAAAUGCCUAGCUUAUUGAAGAUAUCAAGUACCUUAAGAAGCAAAGAGCAAGAGAUAAGAGCGACUAUGUAUCAAUGACUUUGGAAUCUGUGAAUAUGCAAAUCCAUUCUGAGGAGUAGGAUAUUAUGGAUAGAAAGAAAAUGGCUCUGGUAGGUUCAAAGGACUAGCGACUCAAGGUUUAAGAACUAUACGGAAGUGUCAAUGAAAAGGUUUCUAAAGCUAAACUGUCCCAAGACACCUAAGCUACUCUAGAUCCAUUCGAGUUUAAAGAUUAGUCUUCACCUAAGAAUAUCAAUUAGACUUUGAGAUCAAACUCAAAUGACUCUUAAAGGGAUUUAUCUUAAUUGAACUUAACCAGCAGGAAAAGAGGGACAAGUAACUAUAACAUUUAUAAAGAUCCCUUCACUUAAAAUGUUAAAGUGGAUUAUCCUAUUAAGCUUGAUCAAACAUGCCUUUCUUGCCAAGUCACCGGGCAUGACUUGCAAUAGGUACUUUAUAUGUUCAAGGUAGCAUGCAUUUCAUAUUAGCCAACAGAUAUCAUUUACAGAUCUAAGCCGAUUCAAAGAGUUGAAUUACUUAAAAUUAGAAAGUAAAUGAUGGAGAAAUCCUUUAAACUUCUCCAGAAAACAGCAUUAUUUAAGUAAAAUGCUAUUUACCCUAAGAGGUACUAUGACGAUCUUGUACUUGAAGACAGUUUACUAUAAAAUAGCUUGCUAAGAUCAGGGUCUUUCAAGCAUCAAGGCAGCUAGAUAGAUCAACUUGAACCUAUCAAUCAGUAAUUGCCUUUCGGAAUAGGCCAUAAGUAAGAUUUUAAGGAGGCAAUGCAUCAGACUAUGAACAAUACAAAUACUACUUUCAGUAAUAAUGAUAAUGCCCCACUAGAAUAAAGAUAUACUGAGAAUGCCAAGAACACAACUCCUUUAGAUCCUUUGAAAGCGAUCAAAGGUCUGCAUUUGACUAUUAGCAAAAAUGAUGAAAAAUCUAGACAGCAUAAAAUGGGAAUCAGAAAUCUGUCUAUUUCACAUUAUGACUAGAAACUAACAAUAAACAAUACAAACUUCACCACUAGAAAUUUUAACAAUACUACAAUCGAACCUCAUAGACAUUAAACUGAAAUGAACUAAAUAAAUAUGAAUAGUACCAGACAAUCUAACUAGUCUGUGGAUUCUUAACGCAAGCCUAACUUUGACAUUGAGGAAAUCAUUAAAAAUCCAAAUGCAGAGAUUAAAAAAUACACAAAGGCAUUUCAUAGCAGGAUUAAAAACCAGACCUAAACAUAGGUUCAUAAUAUUGCCUCUCUCAGCAAUCUUGGUGUGCAAUAUCCUAUAAUUAAACAGCCUAUAGAUAGUAAAUUCACUUCUACUUCAAGAACUAAAGUAGUUACUUAACUAGGUUUCUAAGACCUUCCCAAGAUUACCAAAUGA